AUGUCUGACAAACAUAUAGAGCUACCAACUUUCGAAACUCAUGCAACUAUAGAAGUAUGUUCACAACGUCAAGACAAAGUGAUCAGAAGAGAGAAAGAAAGAUGGAAACAACCAUUAGAAGAUGAAUAUGUGAAACAUGAGCAACUUGCAGAUAUCGAAGAACCUACAGAAUUUGAAGAACUUGAAGAACUUGAAGAAUUUGACAAACUUUACAAACUUAACAAACUUGCCGACAACAACGUGCUCGAGUUUGGUCCUGGCAAAGGAACAAUGUGGAAAACUAUUGAGAACUACACAUUUGGGAUAUAG